AUGGCUAGGGAAAUCACAACAUUCCCUGCCAUGACAGAAAAAUUUGACCUGCCAAUGGCAGAUUACAACCAGCCCAAGCUUCUUUAUUGCAGCAAUGGAGGUCAGUUCCUGAGGAUCCUUCCGGAUGGCAAAGUGGAUGGCACAAGGGACAGGAGUGACAACCACAUUCAGUUACUGCUCAGCACAGAAUAUUUUGGUGCUGUGUACAUAAAGGGUAUCGGAUCUGGACUGUACUUGGCUAUGGAUGUCAAUGGACGCUUACAUGGCUCGCAGUUUCCAACAGCAGAGUGUGUGUUCCUGGAAAAAUUGGAAGAAAACAAUUACAAUACUUACAAGUCAAAGAUGCACGCGGAUAAGAACUGGUAUGUUGCCUUGAAGAAGAAUGGAAACAGCAAAUUGGGACCGAAGACUAAUUAUGGCCAGAAUGCAAUUCUUUUCCUUCCUCUGCCAGUGUCACCUGAUUAGAUUGCUUCUGUCCCUCCAUUAGAAAAGUUGCCCUCUAAAAUUAAGCCACCAGUGAACUUUGCCUUUUGUCCCCUUUGAUUCUUUCUCAUCCUGGAAACAAACAAAAAGGUGGACAACAAAGUAUUUGAGAUGGAAAAUAUGCACGGCAUCUCUAAAAUGUCCAUUCGGCCUCAACAAUUUCAUUCGCAUACCAUAGCAUUACCU